AUUCAGGAAGUCCGGGUUCGUUUUUUUCUCUUUUUUUUGAAACCCAAACAUUUAGUGGACGCGUUAGCGCAAUUAAUAAAUCAAAUUAAUCAUGUUUGGCACCAUUAAAUGAAGUUAUGAAUGUAUUUUUUGGUUUUAACUCUACGACGAACUUGUGUUCGAAUUUUGGAUUACUUAUAUAGCUGAACUUUUACUUCCUGGAGAGGAUGGAUGUGCAUCAAAUCACUGAAGACGAGAUGGCAGAGAUUAAAAAGGACGUGCUGAACAGGCUGCGCCACUACCUCUGCUUGAAGAUCCGAGCUAGAUGCCACCUGGACUACCUGCGCUCCCGACGCAUCCUCACCCGGGACGACGCUGAGGAGAUCAACUGCAAGCCCACACAGACAAAGAGGACGGGCCUGUUAUUGGACAUCCUCUCGGAAAACCCCCAAGGCUUGGAUGCUUUGGUGGACUCCAUCCGGGAGCUGCGAGUGCAGAACUUCAUCAUUGCCAAGAUCACAGACGAGGUGCAAAAGGUCAAGAAUGAGAAGAUAGAGACCCUAAAAGCUGGAGUAUCCACUUCCUCACCCAAAAGCAACGUCACCAGCACAACCCAUGAGCCUUCCGGUACAUUCUCAAACAACUCCACCUUGCUCUUCCACCCUGAUGGCGAACAAAGCCCCUUCACUUCAGACGGCUUUGUUGAUUCACGGUUGCAGAACGGUGGCGAUCUCUCCUCCUUAGCUGCCUUUAGCAUGGCCGCUGCCUCCUCCAGCCUUCCCAGGCCAGGAGAGCCGGGAGCUCCCCCGCUUCCUGAGGAGGACAUGACAGAAGAUGUGGGAUCACCGGUGUCCAACAGCAGCAGCAGUGAGGCCGACCCCAACUUUCAACCCCUCCGGUCACGUUCUGUCAUUCCGGCGUCACAUCAAAGCCGCUUUUAAUUUUUAUGCAGUCAAAAGGACAAACAGGUAGACACAGUACAUCCACUGCUUAACUUUGCUGCUUAUGAAUAUAAUCUACUGUACAUCAUAGUACAUUGUACACUAAUAGCUGCUUCAUCUCUUGUGCCUUCUAUGGUACCUGUGACGUUCUUAUUUGAGGUUUGUAAACAUAAUUUGAACAUUUUUAAGGUAUUUUUUUAAUGUAUAUCAUCGGAUCCUGGUAUGAGAGGAGCAUUAAAUAAAGAUGGUGCAUUUUCUGCUCUUGCCUGCAGAUUUAUUUAAGCCUCAAAAAGAGGGAAUUUAGUCAUUCGUCACUUCAGUAGAAUGCAUGAGCAAUGCAAGAGCUGAAUACAAUUCUAUA